AUCUUGGGAAGAACAAAAUGGAGUGUUGUGUCACUGAUGAAGUUUUGUUUCAAAGAUUUGACACAAGCAGAAUGUGAAACCAUACUUUGGACAACAAUAUAGCUAGAUAGAUAUAGGUCAAGAAAUCUCGCACAAGUCAUGGGUGAUUGCUUGAGCAACCGGCUUGUUGUGUUGGGCGUGGCUCUGUUUGCUGCCCUCUACCUGUUAGCUGGGGCCAUGAUGGCGGCGGUGGGCCUUGUUGCAUUUCUUAAAAUGCCUGUCUUGUUCAGCACAGGAUGCAUCAUCUGGGUUGGCUUUGUGGUUUUCCUGUGCGGUGCAGUGUUAUUUUUGAUGUCUGUCUGUAACAAGGAGGUUUCCUUGCACAAGAGCUAUCUGAUGAUCCUCCUAUGUCUUACUGUACUGCUGGUCAGCAUUGCCAACAUUGUCCUCAUUGAGACGAUAGAGUGGAAUGGAGUACGGGUAGAGAAGGUAUCCCAAGACAUAGACGAGACUAUGAUGGAGGCCAGCAACAGCCUCACCAUCUUCUUGACCUAUCUGCUAGGACUCCUAGGCAGCGUCAUUGGUCUAGUUGCAUCAUUCUUUGGGAUGAUAUACAUCUACUUUACACUGAGCGUCCCGCUUCUUAAAGCUACGCAGAAGAGCAAACCACAGCACGAGGUCAAGAUGAAAAGAAGCCUGUGUGACAAGUACAGAAACAAACCUCCACGCAAAUUCAAUUUCAAGCUUACUCCUCCCCCAGAUAGUAAGGUACAAGCAACAACCAGGUGGCAUGAUGAUGACGCUGAUCUGUACCACGUCCGAUGGGUGUACGAUGAACAGAGUCCGGGACCAAGACCAAAUGAGGAUGAGACGCCAGCUGGUGGAUCAGGGGAACAACGGGCUGCUGACAACAAGGCACUGAUGGAUGAAAUCAAGGAGAAAGUUGGUUCCCGUCGCCUUCCCAGCACAUCACUGGAUGUCACUGCACAGAUGAAUACCAGCAUGACCACCCAACCAGAUGGAACGAGUCAAGGCUCCUUAUCAGAAGACCUGGUUCUCGGUAGAAUAGGCCAGCUGCCGCCGAAUGCUAGAAGUAGUUUCCGUAGACAUUCAAACGAAGAAUCAGACAAAAAGGUUGCAGCAACACAGUUGUAGUUUAUCAUUUAUGUUUUUGUGCGUGUGUACAAGACUUUGUAUAUAAACAUUGGUAUGAAGUGGAACUAUUUAUAUUGAUACAGUUACUUUUUGAGGUUCCAUUCUCCGAAAGUAAAAGAAAGCUCUUCAGGAUUUAUAAAAAGAUAUCGCUGUAUUUUUUGAAAGCAAAAUAGAAAGAUAUCUGUACAAGUAAAUUGAACUUUUUGAAUCCAAUGUAUGCUGCAUGAUCAAUGGAAAGAUGAGCUAUUGUCAACAGAACAGAAAUGCUAACGUGUUGGGGAAACUGACCUGCCAGUCACUGAGCAUCAAAAAAAGGCAAAAAAAAAAAAAAAAAAAAAAAAAGGAAAAGUUGUAUAUUUCUUGAUACUUCAUUUGACCAGUUUGCAGUCAACUUGUAUUUCACAUUCAAUCACUGUAUGUGUGUCUAGAAACAUUUUUGUUUAAUUCCAGUUCUGUAUAGCUAGCAAAAGAAUGCAUAACCAACUGAAUGGAAAACAAAUCCCAACUGUUUUCAAGAAAAUGUAACUAAGAAAACAGACUCUAGAAGUGGGUUUGAUCUUGUCUUUGUUCAAUAAUUUUCACUGAUGAAGAAGUUAAAAUGAUUAGAUUUGUUUCGACAAGCAUAGCAUUUAAAAUUGAAGCUUGUGUGUAAUACUUGUAUUUUUGUUAAAUAGAAGAGUUGUAAGAUGCUAUGGAACAUU